ACCACACUGGGCAGUGGCAAUCUGCGAGAGGCAGUGAAAUUGCCAGAAGGCGAGGAUCCGAACGAGUGGAUUGCCGUGAAUGGACGAAAGGCUGUGUUUGAUGACCGUCUGCCUCGAAGGCCGUUUUUAGUGGAUGAUAUAUUUGUAGUUUUGGACUUCUUCAACCAAGUAAGCAUGCUCUACGGCACAAUAAGUGAUCACUGUACAGUGGAGUCGUGUCCAAAGAUGUGCGCCGGCCCGAAGUUCGAGUAUCAGUGGACGGAUGGUAGAAGGCCAAUCCGCUGCCCGGCGCCUGUCUACAUUGACUAUUUGAUGGCGUGGGUGCAUGAGCAGAUCGACGAUGAGAAUAUCUUCCCAUCACUUAUUGGUCAGCCGUUCCCUCCAAAUUUCCUUCACAUUGCGGAGGCAGUUGUGAAACGGUUGUUCCGGGUUUACGCUCAUGUCUACCACCAGCAUUUGGAACUCAUUGAACAUUUAAAUGCAGUGGAGCAUCUGAACACCAGCUUCAAACAUUUCAUGCUUUUUGUACAUGAAUUCGACUUGAUUGAUCCAAGGCAUCUUGCCCCUUUGCGAGUUUUCAUCGACCAACUUGUUCCUGAAUGGAAUUACUCGACGAUCUUGUAG